AUGAAGCUUCUAGUAUUGCUCUUUUCAGCUUCCAUCCCUUUAAUUCUCGGAAAGGACUACAUCUCCGACAUCAUCCAAAAUGCUGGUUACCGUUCGUCGUUUCAUCGCGUCACAACAAAAGACGGCUUCAUUUUGGGCUUGCAUCGCAUGAAUCAACGUGCCCGCAGUCGAACGCGUCACGCAAACCCAAUUCUGCUCAUGCACGGCAUCGUUCAAUCUGCCGCCGUUUGGGUUUAUGACGGUCCCGGAAGGAGUCUCGCAAUGUUACUCAGUGAUGCGGGUUAUGACGUGUGGAUGUUAAGUGCUCGCGGGACCACAGUUUCGUCACAACAUCGAAAUUUGUCGCCCGAGGAGGAGAAUUAUUGGGAUUUUUCGUUUCAUGAUAUCGCGACAAAAGAUUUGCCAGCGACUGUGGACUACAUUUUGCGAAAAACGGGGCACGAAUCGUUGCAUUAUGUGGGACAUUCGCAAGGCGGGACCGUUUUUGUCGCUUUUAUGGCUUUUUUACCGGAAUACAACGCAAAAAUUCGCUCGAGUUACUUGCUGGCACCUGCAACUUUCAUGCAAAAUGUGCAAGGAGUCUUUACAGGAAUUUUAGAUUUUUUAUUUGAACACAAAUUAGAAGUUGCCGAAGCCAUGAGAAACGCCAAAUUUUACGCUUUGAAGCUCCGACAACCUUUUAUCACGGAAAUGCUGCCGUCGAUUUGUGUCAACAACUUUUUAUGCAAUUUGGUGCGUGAUGUUAUCCUCGGACCAAGUUCAGCCCAACUAGAUGACCGAAUGUCCACGCAUGACAUGAUGAAGUACACCUUUGACAAUAUCGCGAUUAAGCAACUUUUUCACUUUAUUCAAUUAAUUUAUACGGACAAGUUUCAGUUGUACGACAUGGUGCCCAAUAAUCGUGACUUUUAUGGCAGCGAUAAAAUACCCGAAUAUAAUUUGACGAAUUUAAAUAUUCCCUUGACGGUUUUUUAUGGCACAAAGGAUGUUUUAGUUAAUGCUACUGAUGUAGAAAAAUUUUUGUCACUUCCUCAUAUUAAAGGAAUUUUGAAAGGAGCGAAAAAAUUGCCGUGGGCUCACAUGGAUUUUGUAUCGGGAAGAGAUGCGCCUCAGGAAAUUCAUCAAUAUAUUUUGAGACAAUUGAGGUUUUACAGGAAAUGA